GCAGACCGCUGUCGCUUCCUGCCGGUCUGUCUGCUUCCCGGUCUAUAAAACCCCCCACCUCUUCCUUUCUUCUGCAGUUCUGCCUUCUCUUCUGAAUCCUCAACGUCAGCCUGUGAAGGAAAAGAAAACCAGACAAAAUGCGUGAGUGUAUUUCCAUGCAUGUGGGCCAAGCCGGAGUCCAGAUGGGUAAUGCCUGUUGGGAGCUGUACUGCCUGGAGCAUGGGAUCCAGCCGGACGGACAGAUGCCCAGUGACAAGACUCGUGGAGGUGGAGACGACUCUUUCAACACCUUCUUCAGUGAGACCGGAGCUGGAAAGCAUGUCCCCCGUGCCAUCUUCGUUGAUCUGGAGCCCACUGUCAUCGAUGAGGUGAGGACAGGUAUUUAUCGUCAGUUGUUCCACCCUGAGCAGCUGAUCACUGGUAAGGAAGAUGCUGCCAACAACUACGCCCGCGGUCACUACACCAUCGGCAAGGAGAUCAUUGACAUUGUGCUGGACAGGACACGCAAACUGGCUGACCAGUGUACAGGUCUCCAGGGGUUCCUCAUCUUCCACAGCUUCGGAGGAGGCACCGGUUCUGGUUUCACCUCCCUGCUGAUGGAACGUCUGUCUGUCGACUACGGAAAGAAGUCUAAGCUUGAGUUUGCCGUUUACCCAGCUCCCCAGGUGUCCACGGCUGUGGUGGAGCCCUACAACUCCAUCCUGACCACUCACACCACCCUGGAGCACUCUGACUGUGCCUUCAUGGUGGACAAUGAGGCCAUCUAUGACAUCUGCCGUAGGAACCUUGACAUUGAGCGUCCCUCGUACACCAACCUCAACAGGCUCAUUGGUCAGAUCGUCUCCUCCAUCACUGCCUCCCUGCGUUUCGAUGGAGCCCUGAAUGUUGAUCUGACAGAGUUCCAGACCAACUUGGUGCCCUACCCUCGUAUCCACUUCCCUCUGGCCACAUAUGCCCCAGUCAUCUCCGCUGAGAAGGCCUAUCACGAGCAGCUGUCAGUCGCUGACAUCACCAACGCCUGCUUCGAGCCGGCCAAUCAGAUGGUGAAGUGUGACCCUCGUCACGGCAAAUACAUGGCCUGCUGUCUCCUGUACCGUGGUGACGUUGUUCCCAAAGAUGUCAACUCUGCCAUCGCUGCCAUCAAAACCAAGAGGAGCAUCCAGUUUGUGGACUGGUGUCCCACUGGCUUCAAGGUGGGUAUCAACUACCAGCCCCCUACGGUGGUUCCUGGAGGAGACCUGGCCAAGGUCCAGAGGGCUGUGUGCAUGCUGAGUAACACCACAGCCAUCGCUGAGGCCUGGGCCCGUCUGGACCACAAGUUUGACCUGAUGUAUGCCAAGAGAGCCUUUGUGCACUGGUACGUUGGUGAGGGCAUGGAGGAGGGAGAGUUCUCUGAGGCCAGAGAAGACAUGGCAGCCCUGGAGAAGGAUUAUGAAGAGGUGGGCACUGACAGCGUGGGAGAAGAGGAUGAGGAGGGAGAGGAAUAUUAAAAGGCUAAAAACAUGCUUUGCCCCCCUACAUUCCAACACUGUUGGAGUCCUACACUUAACAUGACAGCAACACAUUCCCCACUGCAGUGUUAACAGUCUCUGUUACAUCUCGUCAUGUUGUGUGUAUUCCCAAUAAACACGCCACGUCUCUUGUCUAGACAAAAAAAAAAAUUGAAUGUGAAACGAGUUUGUUUUUUGACAAGUCUGAACUUCUGCAGCAGCCGUUAAUGAGUUCUCCGUGAGUAAGUUCUACCAGUCAAUGUUGGAGCUGCGUCAUGGAACUGACCCCACCUGUGCAAAUAUGGCUGUAGCCUACUGAAAUAGAAUAAAUGACACAAGAUGUGUUUCAGGUAGACAUCACUACAUCCUUUUUAGCCUAAGUGAUAUUUUGAUGACAGCUAUUGAUAUUUGGUAGGCAUUAAACUUGAAUACAUUUCUGCCAAACUGGUUAAUGCUGAUGUUGUGGAGAGUCUUCCACAGGGAGACUCAAAUUCAAUCUUAAAUGAAUCUUUAUUGCCAGCUCACUGGAAAGGUUCCAUCCAACUCAGUGCGCCAAUAGUACACGUCAAUCAGGAGCUCUGCCGGGGCAGUCCCGGCAGUUGUCCUAAAAACGGCUAUACACACACACACGUUAUAUAUUUGCAUAAUUAAUUCAUCAUUACCUUUUUGUUUCAUUAAUGUGACCCGACCAACACGGGUUCAAAACAUGUGACAGACCGAUACCUCACGAGUUCUUCUCUCUGAGGUCUUGAAACAGAUCUUUCAUUCUCAAAUGAUGUUCUGGGAGUACUGCCAAAUUGCAGUUAAUGAUAGUGAGGAUUCGUUCAGCCAGUCACUUGCGCGAACAUAGAAAUUGGUAAAUAGAAAAGCACAAGUACAAAAUGUCAAUCUCAUUCCAUCCUCAUCACUUGUGUGAUAAUAAUCAUUACAUUUUAAUGGAAACAUUUAGAUUUUUAGCUUCUAUAUCAAAAUAUUCUAUACUCUUAGGUUGCAAGUUCAAAUCCCCGCUAUUGACAGCUAAUGUAAACACUUCAAACCCAGACACUUCAUAACCUUCAUUUAAAAAAAAUUAAUUAGGCAAGGCAGUUAAGAACAAAUUCUUAUUUUCAAUGACGGCCUGGGAUCAGUACGUUAACUGCCUGUUCAGGGGCAGAACGACAGAGUUGUACCUUGUCAGCUCGGGGAUUUGAACUUGCAACCUUUCGGUUACUAGUCCAACGCUCUAACCACGAGGCUACCCUGCCGCCCCUAAUCAUCACUUGUGAUAAUCAUUACAUUUCAAUGUAAACAUUUACAUUUUCAGCUUCUAUAUCAAAAUAUUCGAUACUCCUAUUAAAGUAAGGGAAAUCAACACAGAGAGAAAAAACAGACACUUCAUAACUUCAAACCCUUCAUUCUGGGUUGUAUAAUCCAAAUAGUAUGGUAAUAUUACAAUCAUAAUAAAGGCUAUACUUCUAUUAAUGGGAGUGAGUAUUGAGGUGAAUAAAUGGCUCAAUGUUGA